AGGGUCUAGCUAAAGGAAACUCAUCAUCACAUUCAGUCUCCUUCAGGAUCUUCUGUAAAGAUGCCGACCACCAACAGAAUCAUCUCUGAAACCCAAAACUCAGAUAAAGUUUCGUCAGCAAAUAAAUCCAAAGCUGGAAACAAACCUACGGCAAAGGUCCCCGACUACGAGCCAAAUAUUCCAGAACCAAAAUGUCGAGCUGAUCUUAUCAAACACUGGGUCAGCCUGACUUUGGAUGACAGAACAGCCAAUAAGAUGCUGUGGAUCACUGAUGGUGGCGCUAAAGUCGCACGUAUGACUGAUGACGUCACAUGUCCAGUGUUAGAGCGACCAGAGCGAUACGAGUACACCCCACAGGUCCUCUGCAGGGAGGGCAUCGCGGGUUUCCGAGGAUACUGGGAGGUGCGGUCGGCCGGAUGGGUCGUGAUCGGAGUCGCGUUUGAACGAGCGGGAAGGAGGAACAGCGAAGGGCCCUGCGGCUUCGGGGAGAACCACGAAUCCUGGGGCCUGGAGUGGAGCGGCUCCGGCUACCAAGUCUGGCACCAGGGCCAGAAGGAAGAGAUCCACGGGAUUCCCCAUCACGCCACCAUCGGCGUGUACGCUGACCAGCCUGCUGGCUUACUGAGCUUCUACGCGGUUGAAGAGGAGGAAGAGGAAGGCGCAGUCAGAAAGGAGGUGAAACCUUUGCACCAGGUCAGGAGCAGCUUCCAGCAGAAGCUGCUGCCAGGAUUCUGGGUGGGAACAAACUCCUACUGCCUGAUCCUGCAGAAGGAGGAGUAGAUCAGAAAAUCAGAUCUAACAGGGAAUAAAACCGAAUUCAGGACAAGUAAGAGCUGCUGCAUCAACCUUAUUGAAAUUAUUCUUCUUUUUAAAAAAGUUUGCCAACCUUGAAACCCAUUUAUGGUUCAAUAUUCAUAGAUUCACUUUUUUUUUCUUUUUUUUUUUUUGUAUAUUUCUCUUUGUAAAGUAAAUCCAAAAUUCACUUUCUUUAUCAUAGAGUUUGAAGAAACCUGCUUGGGGAAACCAGGGCUCCAAUUCAUAGAGAAUAUAUUUGGUUUAUGCUUCCAGUUAAAUGCUAUUUUGCAUACUGGUAAAAUGAACAAAGUACACUUAAGUAGGAACUUUGUAAAGACUGCAGAGUGAAUUAAAUUUGUUUUAUUUAGCAAGAAUCUCUGAAAGUUAGAAAUAAAAAUCACUUUUUGUUGUUUUUAUUGAUACUGCAGGGAGUUUCGUCACAUAAACUCAAAGCCUUUUAUAGAAUAGUAGAUGUGUUGGUUGCACAAUCUUUAAAAACAGAAGUAAAGGGAGCUACAUAACAUAAUACACUAAGAAAUUCAUCAGGAGUAUUUUUAACCGCUCUAUGUUGGUGCCAAUAUGUUUUGUAUCAGAUAAUUGUGUUUUAUCCAAUGUUGAUUGAAUGAAAAAGUUUAAAUAAAUGACAUACCACCAAA